GGGAGCUGCCGGGCUACUAGGGAUGGGCAGCAAGGGGCUGGCUCUGUCAGAGGAACGGUGCAAAAGAGCCCUCUUGCACCCUGUCUUGCCCGAGAGCUCAUGCCCUGCCUCCUUCUACCCUUUCCUUUGUAGGUAGUCCCCUGGCAGGGGGAGCAAGGGCAGGCACUGGCAGUUUGCAUGGGUGAUGCGGUUUUCUGGGGCUUUCCUGUCCCUCGGGGACGGCGUGUCAGCCUUGGGAAGGGACCGGCAGUGCUCUGGGCGUGAAAGCUUGGGGAUCGCUGCUCCCUCUGUGAGGGACUGCAGUACUGCUGGCGGGGGCACAGGGUGAUGUGCAAUCACCUUCUGGUAGGAAAUGUGGGGAAAUGUGGAGCAACUCUGCGGAAUCACUGCCACCCCACUUCAAAGGCAGCACAGAUGGCAUCAGGCAGCGUGGGUGGCUGCUGUGGUCUGUGGUUAGUGGAGGUGUGGGAAGAGCAGUGUGAGGAGGCCCUCACCUCAGGGUGCAGGUCAGCACACGUGUCUGUGGAAGCGUGGUGAUCCGGGAGCAUUGGAUAUGAAUUCACAGGUCUUGUUGUCUUGUUUCUUCCAGUGCUGGGAGCCUGCUGAUGCCUUGACAUGCUUUGAUAAGCAGUAUAUAUACAAGGGCAGAUGCUGCAACCGGUGUCGGCCAGGGGAAAAACUGAUGUCUGAGUGCCAGGAAACAGAAGACUCUGUUUGUGUCCCCUGUGAGAGCGGGCACUAUCAGCCAAGCUGGACCAAGGAGAAGCACUGCGCUCCUCACGACAUCUGUGAAAGCAAUGCCGGCCUCAUUGAGAAGAUAAAAGGAAAUGUAACACACAACACGGUGUGCCAGUGCCGGGCUGGCACGCACUGCUCUGACAUCAGCUGCCAGACCUGCGUGGAGAACCAGCCUUGCCAGCUUGGCUCUGGCUUUGUGGCAGCCAAGGCCAUGGAGCGGAUGUCUUCCCCCUGUGAACCCUGUGCAGAAGGCACCUUCUCCAACGUCUCCUCUAAAACCGAGCCGUGCUACCCCUGGACAAGUUGUGAGGAGAAGGGGCUGCUGGUGAAGGUGAAAGGGACGAACUCCUCGGAUGUGAUCUGCGAGUCCAGCAGGCGCUCCUCCCUGUCAGUGCUGAUCCCCAUCACAGCUGCAGUUGUCACGUGCCUCGUGGGUGUCUGCAUCUACUGCCUGGUGCACACAGAUUCCAGGCGACGAGGGCCAAAGGAGAUAGAGGCUGGGGAGCCCGGAGAGAGCCCACAUCCCCAGCAGCCCACGGAGCAGGAUGAGAAUGUCUUGCCUGUGCAGGAGACCCUACUCAGGGGCCAGCCUGUGGCCCAGGAGGAUGGCAAGGAGAGCCGCAUCUCGGAGCAGGAGAUGCUGUGAAGGCGCAGGGCACUGCCCCCGACAGGAGCACAGACUGGACAGCACCAUCUCCUCUGUCCCCCCUCCAGCUGGGGAGGAAAUCUGGCAUCUGGCCUGGCUGCAAAUGAUGGGAUGCUGCAAUGGACCAUGGCACGACCACCCCACGGGAAUACCACUACAACUCCUGCUCUGGUCACCUGCACAGGGCUGCCCUGGUGGAGCAAGGCUUGGCUGCCCCUAUGGGGGCAUGGAACAGAGCCCCAUCCUGCUUCCUGCCCAGGUGAUGCAAUAACCUGGGUGGCUGCUCACCUGCUGAGCCCUUGCAUAGCCCAGUGCAGCCCCUGGCCACAGCACAGUGACCAUGCUGACAGGAAGACCCCAGCACAGAGCCCCGUGUCCCUGAGUGCUGGAGAAGCCAGGGCUGUGAAAGGGGGCUGUGAGAUCACCACGGCAGAGCUCAGUCCCCUGUCUGGGGUGCUGUGGAAGCGCUGCCCGUGCUGGAGCAAUGCGCGGUGAGUGCUGCCAUACGGACAGGGCACCGCGGCCCCUGCGUGCCCAGCGCUGCCGGGCUCCGUGGCACCAAGAAGGACCGGAUCGGCGGGCCCACGGCUCUGCCCCGGGCCGGGGAUCGCGGCGGCGGCGGGGCCGGAGCGCAGACAGCGGCGUGCGGCGGCCGGGAGAUGGUGCUGCGGGACCGGCGCGGGCUGCGCGGGGCGGCACCGGCACCGCCCGUCCCGCGUACACCCCGGGCGGGCACGGGGGUCUCUGGUCUCGGGGGGCUCUGGCCUCGGGGGGCUCCGGG